UUGGGGUGAGUGGGAAAGGGAAGGGAAUGGGUGGAGAGAGCCGGAGCAGCGCCAUGAAGAGGCUUCUCCUCCUCAACCCCCACUCCCCCCGUCCCGGGCGAGCGGCAGCGAUCAGGUCCGUGGCUGCUAUCUGAGCUGGCAUGUAGGCAAAUCCCCUCAGACAGAGGACUGGGGGUGCCGAGCAGAGGAGGAGCUGCGAGGGGCCCCCUCUCCCUUAUUGCCAUCCCCGCACCACACUCCCUGCCCUGGCCGUGGGGCUAGGAUGCUGAAGAAGCAGCGUACGGGACUGGUGCUGUGGGGUGCCAUCCUCUUCAUGGCCUGGAAUGCCCUUCUCCUCUUCUUCUUCUGGACCCGUCCAUCCCCCAGUGGCCUUACCCCAGCUGCACCCUUCGCCAAAGACCGUGCCAGUCUAACCCGCGAAGUGAUCCGUCUGGCCCAGGAUGCUGAGGUGGAGCUGGAGCGCCAGCGUGGGCUGCUCCAACAGAUACGGGAGCACAGCGCCCUCUGGAGCCGGUGGCAGGCCGAGGUGGCGGUCGUGGGGGCUGAGGCCGUGGCGAGGGGCUCCCUGGCCCACCUGCCCACUACCCCAGCCCUGCCUGCUCUCCCAGUUCUGGUAAUCGCCUGUGAUCGCAGUACGGUCCGCCGCUGCCUGGACAAGCUGCUCCAUUAUCGGCCCUCAGCUGAACGAUUCCCCAUCAUUGUCAGCCAGGACUGCGGGCACGAGGAGACAGCAAGGGUCAUCGCCUCAUACGGCAACACAGUCAUGCAUAUCAAGCAGCCGGAUCUGGGUGACCUCCCCAUGCCCCCUGAGCACCGCAAGUUUCAAGGAUACUAUAGGAUCGCUCGCCACUACCGCUGGGCCCUGAGCCAGAUUUUUCACACCUUCAAAUACCAGGCGGCUGUUGUGGUGGAGGAUGACUUGGAGGUAGCCCCAGACUUCUUCGAGUACUUCCAGGCCACCUAUCCACUGCUGCGGGCUGAUCUCUCACUCUGGUGCGUGUCGGCCUGGCAUGACAACGGAAAGGAGCAGAUGGUGGAUGUGACCCGGCCCGACCUGAUCUACCGCACAGACUUCUUCCCCGGCCUGGGCUGGCUCCUGCUGGCCGAGCUGUGGGAUGAGCUGGAGCCCAAGUGGCCCCGGGCCUUCUGGGACGACUGGAUGCGUCGGCCUGAGCAGCGACAGGAACGGGCCUGCCUGCGGCCCGAGAUCUCGCGGACGCUCACCUUUGGCCGCAAGGGGGUCAGCCAAGGGCAGUUCUUCGACCAGCACCUCAAAUUUAUCAAGCUGAACCAGGGCUUUGUGCCCUUCUCCCAGCUGGACCUGUCCUAUCUGCAGCGGGAGGCCUACGACCGGGACUUCCCCGCCCAGGUGUACGCCGCCCCCGUGCUGCGGGUGGAGGACCUGCAGGCCAACCGGCAGCGGGAGCUGGGGGAGGUGCGUGUGCAGUACACCAGCCGGGACAGCUUCAAAGCCUUUGCCAAAGCCCUGGGGGUCAUGGACGACCUCAAGUCGGGCAUCCCCCGAGCCGGCUACCGGGGCAUUGUCAGCUUUCUCUUCCGGGGCCGACGGGUGUACCUAGCCCCACCGGAGGACUGGACUGGCUAUGACCCCAGCUGGAGUUAGCCGUGGGAGGGAGGCCUUUUCCUCUCUUCCCCUGCCAUGGGAAGAGCUGGGACUUUGGGUGGGAUCUCCUCCUCCUCUUCCUUCCUCAGUUCUGUUUUUUCAAUCUUAAGAUUGCUGUUUUUCUCCAUUCUUUCCGAGUGGCAUUUGAGUGCAUCUUCUCCUCCAGAUUGUGGGCAGGGAGGGUUGGAGGCCACAUAGUCAAAACAGAGAUGUGGUGUUACAGGCCAGAGCUCAUCCAAGGAGGACAGAGGAUCCAGCCGUCUUAUAGCCAGGGAGACAGGGCACAUCCUUCAUGCUCUGGGAUGUUUUUGUUUCCACUCUGUGCCUGAGAACCUGCUCCCUCUUCCCCUAAGGGCUGGGAGGGAAGUGGCUAACAGCCUGCUCUCUCUUUCCAGCCUCCCCUUUGGGGGAGGGUCCCUCAGCAGUUCUGUCCCUCUAGUCUGGGGCUCACCCCAUCCUCUCGGGCUUGGAAAUAGAGCUGCAUGGGUUCCCACCCCGAGAGCUGGGGUUCCAUGAUUCUGGGCAAAACAAGACACUAAAGGGAAAUUGGGGUAGGUCUGUUCAGUGUUGUCAUGCAUUUUUCUUUCUCAUUUCUGUCUCUUUUGUGUCUCUUACCUCCAUUUGUGUGUUUUGAGGGCCCCUCUGUUUUCUCUUGUGCUGUCCUCACCUCUGUCUCUCUCCCCCACCCUACCUCCACUUCAGUCAAGGUCCUGCUUGCUCUGAAGAAAAUAAAUUUGGAGGUGGGAGGAGUCUUUCCAGGCCCUGGAGUGCUCAGGGGAGGGAGGGGAGAGGUGAAGAUAAAAAAGAUAUCUUCAUCUGUUCUCAAGUCCUCCCUGUUGCUUCUGACAAGAUUAGGUCAUGAGUCUGGGCAAGACUAGAGAAAAGAAACGAUAAUUGUCUCCCCUUCCCCCACCAAUUCCCCUCCCACCCUUCACUGUCAAAAUAAAUAUUCCCACCUUCUCAACCUUUUUUUCAGAAAAAUGGGUCUCAGGCAUUUUAGACGUUCACUAUAGAAGAUGCUUCCUCUUAUGGUAUUGAAAUGUUUUGGCUCUUCUCCCCCAGCAGUGGAAUACUGGAAAAUGGGAAUGGCAAUUUGAAGCACCACUUCUCCAAGGCCCUGAACCCAGCAGUCCAGGGGGAACCCGCUGGGCUAAUGUAGGGGUAGCAAAUGUCUAUUUUUUUGUUUCUUUAUUCUUUCCUGACCUUGGUUCCAUGGAAGAAAAUUUGAAGGUGCAGAAUUAUUUUCCAGAAUAAAAUAAAAGCUGACUUCA